UUGUUCGCUUGUUCUAUUCGGCUUUAUUGAAUUCAUUUCUAAUUGAUCUGGUUUAUGGAGGAUGUGGAGGUUCUCAUUCACCUUAUUUAAUUCAGGAUAUUGAUUUCAGACGGAUUAUAGUCAAAGAAAAUGCAGAAUUAAAUACGAAAAUUAUGAACAUCAAAUGCAAAGAUUUGGAUGGAGAUUCUUGCGAUUUUGGUGUUGAACCAAUAGAUAUACCUAACAAUAUAAUCAUGAUAAAUACACUGAGCUCUACGGAGGCCCAGCUAAUAUUGAGCGGAAAAUUAGAUCGCGAAGUAAAAUCUUCAUAUUCCUUCUAUUUAACUGUCACGGAUAAUGUUCAAGAUUCAUCCUGCAAAGUUAAAAAUUUAGCCUAUUUAUACGUAGAAGAUGUAAAUGACGAGUACCCCAAAUUCGUGGGUCUAAGAAAUCCGAUCGAUGUUAUUGAGAAUUCUCCGAUCGGUUCCAACAUUCUUAAUCUAACGGCUUCCGAUGCUGAUUCUUCAUAUUACGGGGCAAUAACUUUCGAAUUAAAAUUCUUCGACGCGAUAGACGAAGGUAUAUUUGGUUUGAGCGUCUUAAAUAUCGAUGAUAUUUCCAAAAGCGAAAAUAGCGGCUCAUACGAAAAAGUGAGCCACCCUUCCGAAACGCAGAUAACUUACGUCAAAUUGCUGAAAGAACUCGAUUACGAAAAGCAGAAAAUACACAAGCUUCUACUCAUAGCUAGAGAUGGAGGCUCUAUAAUACCAAAAAACGAAACGUUAGCCACGAACGUGACCUUGAUAAUAAACGUCAGGGAUGCCCAAGAUAUGCCUCCAAGAUUCAUCAACACCCCAUACAUAUUUUCGAUACCAGAAAAUUCACCUCCCAAAACAAUAGUAUUUACCGCCUUUGCUCAAGAUGGAGAUAUUGAAAACCCUAAUAAAAUACUUUAUAGCAUAACAAGCGACACAACAAACAAAAAUAUUCCAUCUCUAUAUGAUUUGCCCUUCAAGAUAGAUAAAUAUACAGGAGAAGUUAGAGUCAACGAGGACCUGGACAGGGAGCAAGCUAUCGAAUCGGGAGGCGCCUCUUUCUACUUCAAGAUAAAAGCCGAAGAAGAAUCUUAUCAAAAGGCCUGGGCAGAAACCUCCGUGAUUAUUAAGCUUGAGGAUGUAAACGAUUUUGCUCCCAAAUUUAAUCAACCUCGUUAUAGCGGAAAAAUCAACGAAAAUUCGCUCAGACUUACAUCAGUUAUAUUUUUCAGAGACGAUAAUAGCCACACCACUCCCAACAGCUUAAUCAAGUCAUCAAAUUUCAAGGGAAAAGAAUCAGUGGGUGAUGUUGAUAGAUUAUCAACACCUGUGAUUGAUAUCAUUGUUAAAGAUCUUGACUUGGGUGAAAAUAGCGUUUUCAAUUUGAGUCUAGAGGGUGAAUUCGCCUCUUAUUUUUCAAUCGACCCAAGUAUGGCUAUCAAAGAAAUAUCUCCCGUUAUAAGAAUAAUCAACCCAUUCAUUCUGGACAGGGAGAAAUUGCAAAAUAUAUCUCUGAAGAUAGUGGCUAUGGAAAUAUAUACGGCGGAAAAAUAUGUCAGCAGCGCCGAUAUUUUUAUAACCAUAGAAGACACAAACGAUGAAGCACCUUAUUUUGUAUUCGAUAAUACCAUUAGCCUUCAGCUUUACAUCGUUAAUGUUUCGGAAGGAGCUCACGUUGGAGAUAAAUUAUUAAAGAUUCGAGCUAAAGAUAAUGAUAUAAGCGAAAUUUUUUCAACCGUAUUAUUCAAAGCCCUUUACGGCAAAGGGAGCGAGAACUUUUAUCUUCACCCAGUAUCCGGAUGGUUGAGUCUUGCUAAACCCUUAGACCGGGAACUUAGGGGCUAUUAUUCCCUAAAUGUAGAAAUCAACGACCAGGGCUACCAAUUUUCUCACUCCAAUGCCAGUAAUGCUAACGACAGUGGAAGCAUGCCAAAAGACUUUAUACCUAACCGAGCUACUGCCGAAUUGGAAAUACAUAUCGUUGAUGUUAACGAUAAUGCACCUAUAUUCAAUCAAAUAGAAUAUGAAGGGUUCCUUCUCGAGGGACAACCCCAUUUUCGACAACAUCUACAAAUCAAGGCAAUCGAUAUGGACGAAAGUAAUUCGUUAAACAGCUUAGUUAGAUAUCGUUUCGUUGUCCAUACUGCCCAGGAUAGAAUGUUAACCAAUUACUUUUCAUUAGAUGAGAAUUCUGGAAUUUUGAGCCCCAAUUUAUUGGUGUCAACUAUGGAUUACGAAAAAGUGUAUAGAUUCCUAGAAAACGAUACCCUGACCCUUAAAGUCGAGGCUUAUGAUGCGGGUUUACCUAGUCUCAGCGCUUUCUGUAAAAUUAGUAUACGGAUAGAGGACGCUAACGACAAUCAACCGAUAUUCGUUAAAAAUCAUUACACCGCGGAGAUACCGGAAACGAUUGAAUCUGACAAGAUAAUAUUAAAUAUUACGGCGACGGAUGGAGACGUUUAUUCUCGGUAUAACAGCUUAGUCAAUUACUUCAUUUACAAUCAAACUCAACAAAAAUUUUGGCUCAACCCUGAGACUGGUGCUUUAUCCCUGUACCCAGGAUCUUCUUUAGAUUUAGAUUCAGGCUCUGCAAGUUCAGAUGCGAAUCCAAAUCAUUAUACAUUGCAAGUUUUUGCUAAAGAUAGAGGUAUACCUCCAAUGUCCUCCAAAUUAGUCUCUAUAAACAUUAAGAUAAUUGAUGUAAACGAUGAAAAACCAGUGUUUCAAAAUAAAGUAUACAAGGCUUAUAUACUCGAGAAUUCUCCACCUGGUACUCAUUUAGACAUUUUGACUAAUAACGUUAAUAGCAUUAAACGUAAGAGCUAUCAUCACGAUUCUCUGGCUCCUCUUACAGGGAUUUACAACGUCUAUGAGGAUAAAGAUGAAGUGGAAAUAUUUGACAAAGCGGUUCUAGCCAUAGAUCCAGACCGAUACUCUAUUGUAAAAUACGACUUCGUAGAAUAUUUGGAAGCACUUGAUCCCAAUAGGGAUCCUUUGCCACUGCCUUCUUCUACGAAUCUAGAGGCUAGUAACGAAUUAAUAGACUAUACCAAAAUAUUUGCUAUCGAUUCUGACACGGGUAUUAUAUACGUAGCUAACAAUUUAGGGUUGGAUCGAGAAAAAUUAGAAACUCUUAAAAUCAAGGUAAGAGCAAGAGAUGUCAAUUCUUCAUCAGAUGACGAUUUUUCAAAUAUUCAAGCCGAUUAUGCUACUUUAAUAAUUCACGUAUUGGAUGUCAAUGAUAAUUCCCCUAAAUGGAUUCCUUCCAACAAAUAUUACAAAACUAUGUACGAGACAUCGGCCUCGGCACCUAACGAAUUCAAUUAUAUAGGGAAUGAUAAAAAUGAUGAAAAUUAUCAAGCUGACCAAAAUAAUAACCUAACUCAAGAUAUGGAAGAAGUGUUAAAUCUCGAAGCCGUAGACAUUGACUCAAAUAAUACAAUCAAAUAUGCUUUCCUUCAGCCACACCCUAAAAAUUUAGCGAUUGAUUCUGAUACAGGUAUGAUAUAUCGGAAGGAAUUGAUUGAUUACGAAGUGACACCUUGGUUAAAUUUUACAGUAUCUGCUGAGGACAAUGGGUACCCAACUAGGAUAAGCUACGCAAAAGUCACAAUUAAGGUGUUGGACAGAAAUGACAAUAGUCCAAAGUUUUCUUACCUGCCUCCUAAUCCUUUCCAUCUAAGAGAAAAUGUUCCCUUAAAUACUAUUGUGUUUACUAUAAAAGCAACUGAUGAAGAUAGAGGCAAGUUUGGGACGAUAAAUUAUUUUAUAAAAGAUGGCGCUAAUGGGAAAUUUAGGAUAGAUCACGAAACUGGAGAUGUUAAGGUCAUUGAUAAUAUAGACCGAGAAGAAAUCGGGAUUUAUAGAUUAUUAAUAGUGGCUAGAGAUAAUUGGAACAAUGGAAUGGAUGAUGAUUCCAAGGAAAACACUACAAUAAUAGAGAUCAUCAUCGACGAUCAAAAUGACAAUUCUCCUAGGUUCGUGACUCCUUUAUUAAGCUCAAUCCAUACCAUACGAGUGAAAGAAACAACGGCGUUCGGCGAAAUGUUAUUCCGAGUCUCAGCCACGGAUGAUGAUAUGCCAGAAACGCUCAAUAGCAAAAUCAAAUAUUCUAUAGUUCCCAACUAUGGCAAUGGAACUGAUCUCUUGUCAAUUGAUGCCGAUACCGGUGAGAUAAGGGCAGCCAAAGAUUUCUCUGGAGUUUUAACCAAUGACAACAAUUUAUUUACUGUGGGAGUGAGAGCUUUUGAUUCAGGGCUUCCCAAGCCCCUAGCUUCUGAAAUAUUGGAUAUCAAGCUAAAUAUUGAAGAUGUAAAUGACCACGCCCCCAUCAUAACCUACCCCAAAUUUAAUAAAGAAGGAGGUAGACCCUCAAAGGAUACUAUGAAAAUUAAUAACGAAAUCUACAUAUAUUAUCAAAAUAUAUCUUCGUUGCUAAAUCGUUUCGUAUUGCAAGUUCAAGCAUAUGACGAUGAUACUGGAUCCAACGGACGCAUACUUUUCAAGCUAAGUGAAAAUUUUAUGGAUAAAAACUAUUUUAGCUUGGAUGCUAGGAGCGGUAAUCUUAGCUUAGACCCUAUAAACAUUUUAAAAGAGAAUUCCAAUAAAUAUCCGAAAAUCAAAAACAAAUUUCAAAUUCUCAUAGAAGCAAUAGAUGAGGGAUCACCACCUUUGAGUUCAAACGUACCUCUUACAGUAUACUUGAUAAACAACAACGAUAAACCUUUCUUCACUUUAGACAAAAAAAUAUAUCGAAUAUUAGAUAUCUAUGAAAACAACACUUUGGGACAAUUGGCCACAAUUCCAAGAGCCAUCAUUAAUUACAACCAUAAUGAUGAAGAAGAAGAUUUAACCAAUAAUAUUUGCUACCAUAUUAUAGGUGGUAAUGUUGGUGAAAUUUUUUACUUGAAUCCGUACACUAGAAUUUUGUAUUUAAACAAAUCUUUGGAUCGUGAAAGAAAGGAUAGCUAUACCUUAAUGGUAGAAGCUACUAAUGAAUGCAUAAAGACCAUAUCUAACACACAGUCAUUCAUGAACGAGGAUUCAACUUUAAGGGUGGUGAUUGACGUAUUAGAUAUCAAUGACAAUUACCCUGUCUUUUCUCGAAAAAGAUAUCGUACGGGCAUCACAACAGAUGCUAAAGUCGGAACUAGUCUUCAUUUACCUUUCGAUAUUUUAAGCAAAGAUACACCUCCAAACUCCAUCAAUAUUUUUAAGCUAUUAAACGUCACCCAACACUUCGUCACAGAUGACAGGCUUACUAUAGAACCCAUUCUAAGUCUAAGUAAUACCUCAUUUAACCAAGAUGCUUCAAAAUUCUUCGAGCUAGAGCCGGAAACCGGUAGAAUUAAGACAGCUGUUUCAUUGGAGAAUAUGGCAAAAACUCGUGAUUCAUCGAAAGGAACCGUAAAUUUUGAAAUAGAGAUCGAAGUGUGUGACAUAGAAGAUCUGGAAAUGAGCAAAUGUGACAAGGCCCUUGUGACGGUUUAUUUAUUAUGUCCCGAAGAACAAAUUCGUUUUGUACUAAUGAUGCCAAUCAUUAUGUUUAAAGUCAAGCAAGUGCAAUUCGUAAAUACAUUAGAAAACAUAACCGGGUUUCAAUACAAUAUAGACGAGAUAACUAUUCAUUCGAUAAAAGAGAGGCAGAUGGAAGAUAUGACUGAUAUAGUGGGUCAUUUUAUAGAUUCAAAGAGUUCGAUCAUUGACUUCAACGACAUUAUCAAGUAUUAG